CCCCACUUUCGUUAAAUAAAACCAACUUCUUCAUUCAUUUAUAGUAGGUACUAUGUUGUCUUCCGUUGUUUACUCAUUACUCGCUACCGCUUUGCUCGGUAAGGCUGUAGAAGCCACUCAAGUCGCCGCCUACUGGGGACAAAACUCUGGUGGUGACCAAGGUAGAUUACAAGAAUACUGUGACUCCAACACUGCUGAUAUUAUCAUCUUGUCAUUCUUGAACGACUUCCCAGAAGACUUGAAUGUCAACUUCUCCAACCAAUGUGGUGCUACUUUCCCAAGUGGUUUAUUGCACUGUUCUGCCAUUGGUGAAGAUAUCACUUACUGUCAAAAGCAAGGUAAGAAGGUUGUCUUGUCUCUUGGUGGCCAUGAAGGUAAGUACGGUGUUUCUGAAGGUAGCUCUCAAGACCUCGCAACCACCUUGUGGAACAAGUUUGGUGCUGGUUCUGACAGCGAAAGACCAUUCGAUGGUGCUGUUGUCGAUGGUUUCGACUUGGAUUUGGAACACGGUGACCACUCUGGUCUUGUCACCUUGAGUAACUCCUUGCGUGCCAAGUACUCUGAAGAUGCUUCCAAGAAGUACCUUUUGACUGCUUCUCCUCAAUGUGUUUUCCCAGACGCUAAUGUUGGUGACGCUCUUGCUAAAGCUGACAUUGACUACACCUUUGUUCAAUUCUACAACAACGAUUGUGCCUUGGACCAACAAUUCAACUGGAACUCAUGGUCUAACUUUGUUAACACCACCUCUCCAAACAAGAACAACAAGAUCUUUGUUGGUUUGCCAGGCUCCCCAGCUUCUGCUGGUUCUGGUUACGUCAGCACUGACGUUGUUGAAAAGACUGUCGAUGCUAUCAGAUGUGACCCUAACUUUGGUGGUAUUUCUCUUUGGGAUGCCUCUUCUGCUUGGGCCAACACUGUUGGCGGUAAGAGUUACGCCGCUCAAAUUAAGAAUAUUUUGAGCUCUGCCAAGGCUUGUACUGCUCCAGAUUCACCACACAAGGCUGACCCAGUUCCAGUUCCAGCUAAGUCUUCUUCCGCUACCCCAUUAUACUCUAACUCUACUACCUCUGCUGCCCCAGCCGCCACUACUGCCCCAACUACCAUUACUGCUACUGAUAUCCAAACUACCGUGAUCACUAUCACCUCUUGUAGCGACCACAAGUGUACCAAGGUCCCAGUUACCACUGGUUUGACCACUGUCACUGAAAAUGAAACUAUCUACACUACUUACUGUCCAUUGUCUACUGAUUCCAUCGUUACUGAAACUGAUGCUUCUACCACAGUUGUUACCAUUACUUCUUGUGAAGACAACAAGUGUACCGAGGUCCCAGUCACCACUGGUUUGACCACUAUUACUGAAAAUGAAACCAUUUACACCACUUACUGUCCAAUUGAAACUGGCGCUACUUCUUCCGUCGCUCCAUCUUCUUCUUCUGUUGUUGCUCCAUCUUCUUCCUCUAUUGUUGCUCCACCUUCUUCCUCUAUUGUUGCUCCAUCUUCUAUUGAAUCUGUUGCCUCUUCCGUUGAAGUUGCUCCAACUACUUUCCCAGUCGCUUACACCACUGUGUCCACCAGCACUUUGUAUAACACCGUUACAAUUGCUCCAAACAACAGUACCAACAACGGUACCCAACCACAGGUUAGCAGUAACUCUGAAGGUAUGGCCGUCUCUAUCCAAAGCUCUAUUGCCUUGGUUAUGUUGAGCAUUCUUGCCGCCAUGUUCUAAAUUUAAAAUUCUG